CAAUCCUGACGUGCUUCACUUACCUGCUUAUUUUUUAUUUCCCGAUUAAAACCCUUUCUUUUCACAAAAGAUUACGUGCGAAGAGGGGAGCUGAGAAAAAGGAAAAGAAAAAAAAAAAGGAAAUUGGAGAGGAAAUUACGUAGGACAUAAGCGAAAUCCCUAGAUUUAUCUCAGCUCUCAGCUGCUCGUGUUGAGUUGUUUGAGUGGUCUGCGAGGACUCUUGAGCUCCAUCUUUCAACCUGCCAGCUGCCAGUGUGCAAGCUUGCUUCUUGCUUUUCCCUGAUUAUUUUCUUGUCUUCUGUUUCUGUUUUCCCAGUGCUAUCCUUAUUUCUGGCGAUUUCUGGGAAAUUUUGCUGCUUCCUUUCUCAGAUGUGGAUCUCCAAUUUUUCUGCUUUAUUUGCCAAAUCCUGACCACAGUUUGGAUUUUUAACUUCACCCCCCAAUUAUUUCUAUUUUUAUUGCGUUUUACCACUUCUUCCUCCAUUUUUCAUUUUCAUUUUUUUCAUUCAUUCCCCGCCAUUCCAAGACUCCACCACCGUACGCUGUAAAAUUUGUUCUCCUCUGUUCAUCGUAAAAAAUUUCAGCUUUGAGCAACGCGGGGUUUAUGGGUUUUUGCUGCUCGUAGCUCACUUCGCCGCUCGUAAGAUUUGCCUGUGCAGCAGGAACGCUGCAGCCUUUGGUCCAAGAAAUCGCUGGAGAGAGCUGUUGAUUUGUAGCCCCGCUUCUGCUUCCGCUCACUUGCUCAGUGUGGGAUGAUGGAGGUGAGGACGCCGUCUUCGGAGCAAGGAGUAAUGGCAGGAAGGGAGCCCUUCGGGCUGCCAAAGAGCCCGCCGGCGCCGCCGUCCUCUGGCGCCUUGCAGAGCGUGCGCAUGGCGUACACGACGGACGGCACCCCCGUCUUCACCCCGGUGAGCUCCGCGCCACCGGCGACGGCGACGUACCAGCCCCUGGGCGGCGGCGGCGGCGGUGCGGCUGGUCCGAACAUGACUGCCGCAGGAGGCAAUGGUGGCGCGCCGGCGCACCCGGGGAGCGCGGGGGAGCCGGUGGCCAAGAAGAAGCGCGGUCGGCCAAGAAAGUAUGGCCCCGACGGCUCCAUGUCGCUGGCAUUGGUGCCUGCGUCCACGGUCGCGGCGCCGGCGGCUCCCGGCGCUUCCGGGCCUUUCUCGCCUGAAGGCGCGAAGGCACCGAACACUGCGCCGUCAGCGUCGCCGGACGGCGCGAAGAAGAAGGGACGGCCUAAGGGCUCCACAAACAAGAAGCAUGUGCCUGCUCUUGGCUCAGCAGGUGCUGGAUUUACUCCUCAUGUUAUUUUUGUUAAAGCUGGAGAGGACGUAUCGGCAAAGAUCAUGUCAUUCUCCCAGCAUGGAAGACGCGCAGUUUGCGUUCUUUCAGCAAAUGGCGCCAUAUCAAAUGUGACACUCCGGCAAUCUGCUACUUCAGGUGGAACGGUGACAUACGAGGGCCGAUUCGAGAUACUGUCACUGUCUGGGUCGUUUCUUCUGUCCGAGAACGGCGGCCAUCAUAGUCGAACUGGUGGUCUCAGUGUCUCGCUAGCAGGUCCUGAUGGCCGUGUCCUGGGUGGUGGCGUUGCCGGACUUCUGACAGCUGCUUCACCAGUACAGAUCGUGGUGGGAAGCUUCAACGCCAAUGGAAAGAAGGAGCCAAAGCAGCAGCAGUUUGCUCCGUCAGAGCCAUCGUCGGCGCCAUCAAAGCUCGCGCCGAUGGGCGGCACGGCAGGGCCGAGCAGCUCGCCGUCCAGAGGCACAAUGAGCCUGAGUGAAUCAUCCGGCGGCCCCGGGAGCCCACCACACCCAGGGGCCACCGCCGGCGGCAACCGUGGCCAGCAGUCAGGGGGCUUCUUCGGCCUGUCCUGGAAAUGAGCCCCUGCAGGGCUGCAUCAGUGACCAGACUCCGUUUGACCGUCGUAGAACUGGCAGAAAGAAGAAGGAAUGUAGCAGCCGCGCCUCUGUAGUGUGAUGUGUGAAUUGCUCAGGGAGAAGAAAGCUUGUAGCCUGUAGGUGGUGUCACUGUCAGACUCUCUAGCUCCGGUGUAGGGGUUAAAAUGUUAAUCGUGGAUUACUAGGUGGUUGUUAAACUGUGCUUAUAUGCAUCGUGUUGGAAGUUCAUUGUUUCUAUAUUUGUUGUGCAUGCCGUUUCUUCA